CGGCAAUAUCCUGUCACUGUCAAAAGUUGUCAAAUUCUUCAGAAUUUCAGAUUUGUCUUGUUUUGCUGUGACCCAAAUAUUUUAAAACGUGAUAUUUAAUAUUAAAAUCAAAUCUAUCUUGCGUUUUACUAAAUAAGUAGAAAAUGCAGCAACUGAGGAAGCUUAUUGCAAACACUGCAAACAGAGAGCGCAGGAAAUUAUUCAAACAGCCUCAAUUUCAACACAGACUUAGAUGUAUGAGUACACAAGAAACUACUACAGAGGAAACAAAUAAAAUACCUUUUGUAAUCCCAAAAGGUACAUUUGGCCAGCCAACAUGUCACACGCAUCCACAUUUAAUAAAGGAAGAACAUUUGACAUGGGGCAUAACACAGGCUGAAUACAAAAAAAGGCGGGAAACAUUGGUUCAAAAAUUAGUUGCAGAAUCUGAAAAUAUGCACAAUACACAUAUUAUAGUAAUACCAGCAGCUCGCAAACAGUACAUGUCUGACAAAAUACCGUAUGUGUUCAGACAGCAUUCUGACUUCUUCUACCUCACUGGGUGCUUAGAACCCUCUGCAAUAUUAGUAUUAGUGAAACCUGCACAAACAGACCAAUUUAAGAGUAUUCUAUUCGUACACGACAAGGACGCACACGCAGAGUUGUGGGAGGGGCCUCGGACGGGAUGCGCCGCAGCAGCCAGACUUUUUUGCAUGGACGAAAGCCGACCAGUCGAGAACUUUAGCACGUUUUUAAAUAAAAUAACACAGGAUUCAAAACCAGCAGUGCUUUGGUACCAUAAUGAGGACCCAGCUAACCCUGACAUACAUAACACGGUGAGAGGGACCCUCAGAGGAGACGCUAACGUCACUCUGUCCGACCCUCAACGAGCCCUACACUUUAUGAGGGUCGUUAAGUCCCCGGCAGAGAUCGAGCUCAUGAAGGAAACGUGUUAUAUUGGAUCACAGUCUAUUAACAUGGCUAUGGCUUGUACGAAGCCAGGUAUAUCAGAGCAUAUGGUGAACGCAGUGCUUGAGUACUCGUGUAAGCAGGGAGGGGCGGAGCACCUCGCGUUCCCUCCGGUCGUGGCCGGCGGAGCCCGAGCCACGCACAUACACUACGUGGCCAACAACCAGCUGUUGAAGGCCAAUGAGAUGAUACUUGUUGACUCAGGCAGCCAGCACUGGAUGUACAACUCGGACAUAUCGCGCACGUGGCCCGUGGGCGGCACCUUCUCCAAGCACCAUCGGAUACUCUACGAGCUCGUGCUCACUGUACAGAAACGUCUAAUAGAGUUGCUGGGCGAGCAGAGGCCAGCGCUGGACAAGUUAUUCGACAGCAUGUGUCGCCUGCUGGGCAAGCACUUGCAGGAGGAGGGGAUACUACCCAAGAAUGUGGAGGGGCAUGAACUGCUAGGGAAAGCCUACCGCCUGUGUCCACACCACGUGUCCCACUACCUGGGGCUGGACGUGCACGACGCGCCCGUCGUACGACGGAACGUGCCCGUCUGCACCAACAUGAUCGUCACUGUCGAACCCGGAAUCUACAUAAGACCAGACGACACGACCGUCCCCAAAGAGUUCAGAGGCGUCGGCAUCCGAGUGGAGGACGACGUACUCAUCACUGACGCAGAGCCUGUUGUGUUAACAGACGCUUGUGUCAAGGAAGUAGCCGAUAUAGAGGCUAUUGUUGGCAAACAUAGCCUUUAAUUUAUAGCCUCAGGAAACCAGCAAUGUGAAGAAAUCACUAUCCUUUAAUUGGAAAGAAACUAUGCCUAGAUUGGCUAAUUACUGUUUUUAGGAUCUGCUGAAAACACUGAGCCAUAUUUUGGAAAUAGUAUGAUUAGAUUUUAUAUUCUAUUUAUGGAUAAACCAAUCUCUCUUUUAUCAUCAUCAGCCUAUAAGUGCCCAUUGCUGUGCAAAGGCCGCUUCUCACGCGGAGAAGGUUGAGCUUUAAUUACCACGCUUGUUCAAGUUGAAAUAGUGAUUUCAUACUUAUAGAAAUUAUAAGCCCAUGUUUCCUCGUAUUGUUUUUUCCUUGUCCCGUCCUUGCUACGGAUGACUGACUUCCCUAGCCCAUCGGCUGCGCUUCUGCUAGGUUGAGGGUCAUUCUAUAGUAUAUGUUGAACCCAUUUUCAGGCUUUUUACUGCCUACAUUGUCAAUAAUAAUAAUAACGUCGCUUCAGGAAAUAUUCACG